AUGCGGCGCGCAGUGAUCGGCGUCGCGAUCCCGCUCGCGGAAAGUAAGCGGCGGUUGCUCCGCGCCGACGGCGGCCGUUUCGUUCUGCAGCGAAGUGCGUUCGCCGCCGGCGUGAUUCUCGCUACUGGGUUCGUUCAUGAUGUUGGUGAUGCUCAAUCGGCGCUGACGGACCCCUGUUUGUCGAACAGAAUCCGUGGAAGACGUUUCCUUUCUCGGUUUGGUGCGAUGUUGGCGGCGUUGCUGACGCUGGUGGUUGAUUUCGGGACGCAGUUUUAUGAGAGGAAGCAUAAUGAGGAGGAGGCUGGGGUGAAGGAUGCGGCGGCGGUGGCGACGGCGGGGGUAGCGGAGGAGGAGAGGAUCAUGGUGGUGCCGGUGAUGAUGACGUGGGCCAUGGGAGAUGAUGGGUGUGGGAAGAUGCAUGUUGUUGGGAUGCAUGCGCAUGGACACGGGCAUGAGCAUGAGCAUGGGGAUGUGGGUGUGGAGGUGGAUGAUGGGCACGUGUCCUCACACGUGCGACAUGUUGUUGUGUCACAGAUUCUGGAGCUUGGAAUUGUAUCACAUUCUGUGAUCAUUGGGCUAUCUCUUGGUGUAUCACAGAGCCCAUGUACCAUCCGCCCCCUCAUUGCUGCUCUCUCCUUCCAUCAGUUCUUCGAAGGUUUUGCACUUGGAGGAUGCAUCUCUCAGGCGCAGUUCAACAACCUCUCAGCAGCACUAAUGGCGUGCUUCUUUGCAAUCACAACUCCAAUGGGGAUUGCAGUAGGAGCAGGGAUAUCAUCGGUAUACAAUGCUAAGAGCCCUAGGGCACUAGUGGUGGAGGGCAUAUUAGAUUCAAUAUCAGCAGGGAUUCUAAUCUACAUGGCUCUUGUAGACCUAAUCGCUGCAGAUUUCCUUAGUCGCAGGAUGAGCUCCAAUGUCCGGCUUCAGGUGGCAUCAUAUAUUGCUCUCUUUCUCGGAGCCCUAUCGAUGUCCUCCCUUGCAAUAUGGGCUUAGCAAAGUGUAAAAUAUAUAGGAUGCCUCUGUAUAUUCAUAAGAUAGGUACAGUCACGGGAUAACGGACUUCGUGCGCCUUCCGAUGGUGAUCCCUUUCAUAUAAACACUGGAAUAUAAAUCUUAUCAGAAUAUAUGGAGUGGAGUGUUCUGAGCCAUAAAAGAGGCAAUCAAGGAAAACCAAAUUGCCCCUCUAUUAUUCCGGUGAAUGACUGAGACCAUCCUACUCGUACGCAGGAUGAUCUGCUAACUUUGUGCUCUACAUUGGCGGAGUGGAAAAUUGCACUCUUGUCGUAGU